AUGUGGACUGAGCGGGCGUUAGUGCGAUAUGGUGGCGAAGGAGGCGGCACCAUUCUCAAACUAGCCCAGGAACACAAUGCCGCAUUGCCGCAUGCGUGA